CAGGGAAUCUGCAGACAGAAAACAAUAAGGCAGAAUGGUAGGAAAGUAAAUUGCAGAAUAACCAGGAGGUUCGCAACAUCGGGAGGAUUUGUUCCCUUUUUGUUUUCAGUGUUUUACAAAACAAAAAGCAAUGCCUCUGGGGAUUGUAGCUGUCUCCGUCUGUCUACUGCUGUGCGGUGGGGCGCAUGGACAGUGGGAUUGGUGGUACAGCCUAUGGGGAACAGACAAAACCACAGCAGCACCCGACACGACAACUCCGGUAAGCACGCGAUCACCCAGCAGCGACCGGCCACCAGGAACCACAAUGGGACAAGGAAUCCAGUCCACAUCGAGGGUUAGAUCGGCUGGUGUCACCCAAACCCUGGGUCCUCCUCACCAAGAGCACUCUGUUCAAGUGUCCUCAAUGGAAGGGCACACUCCAGUUGGGGAACUGACCAAAUCCAUAAGUGUUGGCUUACUUCAGCAAAGGAAUGUGACAGAGAGAGGAUCCAAUGAUCACAUUGACUUAACAGGCCUGAUUGGAGUCCCUUUGCCACCUUCAGUUGCGUUCAUCACAGGAUAUGAAGGCUUUCCAGCGUACAGUUUUGGGCCAGGUGCAAACAUUGGUCGACUGACGAAGACAAUGAUACCUCAGUCUUUCUAUAGGGACUUUGCAAUCUUGGUGACCAUCAAGCCAGCCAGUGACGAUGGGGGGGCGCUGUUUGCCAUUACAAAUUCCUACCAGAAUAUUAUUUACUUGGGACUGAAACUAUCUGCAGUUUGGAACAACAGCCAACAGAUCGUGCUUUUUUACACAGAAUCGGGUUCUGAAACCUCCUAUGAGGUUGCCUCAUUUGAAGUGCCACCCAUGACAAACAAAUGGACUCGGUUUGCUUUAUCCGUUGAGGAUGAGCUUGUCACUUUGUAUUUGGACUGCGACGAAUAUCAACAGAAUCACUUCACACGGUCACGUGAAGCAUUACAUUUUGAGCCAAGUUCUGGAAUUUUCAUUGGGAACGCUGGAGCUGCAGGGUUGAACAAAUUUAUAGGAUCCAUCCAAGAACUUACAAUUAAAUCAGACCCUCGGGCGAGUGAAGAGCAGUGUUAUGAUGCUGAGUCUGAAGGAUCGUCUGACGAUGUUAGUGGCGAUGGUAGUGGUCAAUAUAUUCCUCAGGAGCAUGGAGGCAUUAAAUCCCAAAUUCAGCACAACACUCCAAGCCCUGUAAUUGGUCAGCAGUUACACAGUGAGCCAGUCAAAGAGCCCCCCACUGAAACAUUGAUCACUGAAGAGAUUGAGAGUUCCUCAGGACAGCGGGAAACUCAGUUCCAGGAUGCGACUACAUCGGGCACUUCUGGAGAGAUGCCACCCUAUGAAGAGAGAGCAGACAUUGGACUAAAUGUAACAACCGGGUCUCCUGCCCUAAGAGGUGCCAAGGAUGGUGAAAACCUGCCAGGACCUAAAGGAGAAAUUGGAUCUGGAAGUGAAGUCCUUUACAGUGAGAAAGGUGCAAAGGGUGAAAAAGGUGAUCCAGGAAGUAAGGGUGAGGAUGGACUGGGAAAAGUUGGACUCAAGGGUGACAAAGGUGAACCUGGAUUAACUGGUCCUCCUGGCAUACCCACAGUGAACCAAGCUGAUCCUGUAGAGCCUGGGCCACCAGGGCCAAGAGGCUCACCAGGACCUCCUGGAAAAGAUGGUCAGCCCGGUGUCUCAGGAAAAGAUGGACUGCCUGGUAAACAGGGAUCUCAAGGAUUUAAAGGAACAAAAGGUGAACAAGGUCCCAAAGGAGGGAAGGGUGACCCAGGGCUUUCCGGUUUACCAGGUCCACCUGGUCCUCCUGGGCCACCUGGCCGAAAACACAGACCUAGUACCCUUGGUACAGAAGGAUCUGGUUUCGAUGAUACUGACGAUGACAUGGAGAUAAUUAGGGGUAUCCCAGGACCUCCCGGACCUCCAGGCCCUCCAGGAUUACCAGGUCUCCCAGCUCAAUCAGAGGUGUUGAAUCCAAGCAUUGUUGGUUCCCCAGGACCACAAGGUCCCCCUGGUCACCCUGGACAAGAUGGUAAAUCGGGUGAGCCGGGUCCAAGGGGACCACCAGGAGUGGAUGGAACAUUUGGUAAACCAGGGACAAAGGGACAAAAGGGUGAUCAAGGACGGAUUGGUUUGCCAGGUCUUCAGGGAGCAAAGGGAGAUCAUGGAUUACCAGGACCUCCGGGACCUCCAGGUCAGCCUGGAAAGCCAGGACCCCAAGGUCCACCUGGUCUUCCAGGUCCUCCUGGACCAACCAGCAAUGGCGGUUACAACUUUGGAUUUGAGGAUAUGGAAAUCUCUGGAGCUUCUGGACUACCCGGAAUACCAGGAAAGCCUGGAUCACCAGGACUGCCAGGGCUCCCAGGUGUAAAGGGCGAACCAGGUCCUUCAGGUGAAAAAGGACCUCCAGGUAUCCAAGGUCAACCUGGACCCAUUGGACAAGCUGGCUUACCCGGACCUAUGGGACCAAAUGGUGAGAAAGGAGAACAAGGAUUUAAGGGUGAACGUGGUGAAGAUGGUGUUGGUAGGCCAGGACCUCCGGGUCCUCCAGGUCCUGUCGUGUUACUACAUGAGUUACUGAUGAACGACACUGAAGGACAUCUCAACUUGAAUGGAAUCCAACUACUUCCUGCACUGCCCGGAUCAGAAGGUAUGCCUGGUCAAGCUGGAUUUCCUGGCCCUAGAGGACCCAAAGGUGACCUUGGAAUGCCUGGUUUUCCAGGAAUAAAGGGUGAAAAAGGUGAGCCUGGAGCUGUUGUUGGUGCAGAUGGAUCUCUGCUGGCUGUAAGAUCAAAAGGUCAAAAGGGUGAACCAGGUCCACUGGGACCUCCUGGACCUCAGGGUCCACUGGGACAUCCAGGACCUAAAGGUGAAUUUGGCCUUCCUGGUAGACAUGGUCGAUCAGGAAUAAAUGGCAGAAAGGGUCAGAAAGGUGAACCUGCAACAACACUUCUGGGUCCUGCUGGAUUACCAGGACUUCCCGGACCUCCCGGACCUCCAGGACCACCUGGUCGAAUCCUCAAUAUAAAAGGGACAGUUUUUCCAGUUCCUCCCAGACCUCACUGCAAAAUGCCUAUAAAUGGUCAGUUGAAUCAGCAAGUGGACUAUAAUUUCCUGGGGCCAAAAGGAGAGAAAGGUUCUUUCGGAUUAUUUGGACCGAUUGGCAGUAAAGGUGAAAAGGGGGAGCAGGGUACCCCAGGAUUGCCAGGUCCUUACUCACCAUACAUCAGCCUUAAAGGUGAGAAAGGAGAUACUGGUAUGACGGGUCAGAAAGGGGAGAAAGGAGAAUCAGGUGGUGGGUUGUACCUGCCACAUUUGCCUGGUCCACCAGGACCCAUUGGACCUCAUGGAAGACCUGGACCAGUGGGUCCUAAGGGUGAAUCUGUCAUAGGACCAAUGGGGCCACCCGGCCUACCUGGGCCCCCAGGAUCUCCAGGUUAUGGGGUUACGGGUCCUCGAGGUCGUCCAGGGCCCCCAGGACCUCCAGGAAUUCCAGGAGUCUUCGGAUCAGCUGUCGCACUGCCUGGACCUCCAGGACCUCCAGGGCCACCAGGACAAGGGGACAGUGGCAGUGUUGUAAAAGUGUUCAACAACAUGGAGCUUAUGCAUAAAUCAACCCGUUCAGUAACUGAAGGCUCCUUAGGCUAUAUUAACAACGGGGGGGACCUUUACAUUCGAGUUCACAAUGGCUGGAGAAAGCUCCAGCUUGGUGAUCUGAUUCCUGCUCCCGCUGAUGAACCAUAUCGCUCAACUAACUCUAUCUCAGCACCAAACUCAUUCUCAGUGAUAAAUGAUCAGAAGCCAGCGUUACACUUGGUGGCUUUAAACAUGCCCCUGUCUGGCAACAUGAGGGGCAUCCGUGGGGCUGAUUUACAAUGCUUCCAACAAGCUCGAGCAAUGGGCUCAGUAGCGACUUACCGAGCUUUCCUAUCUUCUCAACUCCAAGAUUUAUAUACAAUCGUGAGGAAAGCUGACAGAUUUAACAUGCCCAUUGUCAACUUGAAGGGAGAAGUGCUUUUUGAUAGUUGGGAGUCCAUCUUUAAAAAUCAGGCUAAUUUCAACACAGACGUUCCUAUUUAUUCAUUUGAUGGUAGAAACGUCAUGAAAGAUUCUUCCUGGCCGCACAAAAUAAUAUGGCAUGGAUCCACUGAGCGAGGAGGCCGAGUAACAACAAACUACUGUGGGGCAUGGCGUUCAACAGAUAUGACCCUCACUGGCAAGGCAUCACCACUUACAAGAGGCAAACUCCUGGAUCAACACUCGUAUAACUGCGCAAAUAACUUUAUCGUUCUUUGCAUUGAGAACAGUUACUUCCAUGACCACAGAAGGAGAAAAUAACAGCUUAUGACUGCACAUGAAAGGUUUGGAAUUAUAUCGCGUCUACAAUCUCAUCACAAAACCAGUAAAGGGUGGCACACUGUUAGAUUCUAUAAAUAUGUUAAAUUGGGGACCAUGUAAAUAUCGUUUUCUGACGGGAUUGUCAAGUUACAGAAAGUUAGCAGAAAUGGAAGCCAAAGAUGACAUACCUCAAAAAUCUUCAUGGGCUCGUUUUUAGAAAUAAACAAACUGUAUUUGUUCUAAAGAACUUCUCUCAUGCAGUUCCACAAUCAUGCUUGUUGAUAUUUUGGUGCUAGUAACAAAUAAAUUUAAAUGACACUGCUGUUAAGGUAACCUUAUUUAUAAGUGUGAUUGAUUCAACUGUGCAUACUUCAAAUGAAAAAUUAAGUUGGAAUAUGGGUUAAAGUGGGUUAAGCUCCCUUCCACUGCUGAACCCUGCCCACCAGCAGUGUCUGUUAGAUGAUCAGGACUUUUUCACUCAACGAGAAUGCACUGUGAUGACAUUUCACUGGGAAUGCUCAUCUUUGAAUCCAACCUCGGUAAUGAAGGAAAGUUUUUUUAUAAUUUUUCCAAACACUACAAAAGGACAGAAACCUUUCUUUAUGAAAUUUGUCGCCACUCUGUACAAAAAUGCAGUGCGCAAACUUUUUUUUAAAAAUGUAAUGUACAAUGGAAAUCCAUACAUUCUUACGACUAAGCCCUGCAUAAUGGUUUUGUAUUAAAGCAUCUUAAUGUACAUUUAAAAUACUGUUUUUCCUUAACUCAUACCUUUUUAACAUCUUUGUUGAAUGUUUCUGAGAACAGUAUUAUUCAAUAGUAACAACUUUGUAUUUACUGCUCCUACCUGUCAAUACUGAACAGCGCCAGUUUUGCCAAGAUGCGAACAGCCGGGGGCUAGGGGGUGGGGGAGUCUCAGCUACCAGCUGUGGGUAUCAAGUCACCAGCAAGUUUUUCUGCCCUGACUUUCUAGAUACUGAAUAGCUGAUGGGAGGGCUUUCCCACUAGCUCACCAAUCCUUCCAUUUGUUUAAUUCUUUUUGUUAUACAAUGUUAUUCUGCAGUUUAGUAGAUUAAAACAUUCACCCCUAUUUCUAUGAAACAGUGUUGAUAAGGUACAAUUAACAAUUGUAGAUUGCAGAUUCAUAUUUAUAAAGUUCAAACUUUAGAAAUGGCAGCUUUUCAGCAUAAUCACAUCCACUGCAGGUUUAAUCAAUUUACACUCAAGAUUCAGUCCAUUUUACCUUACAGUUAGCCCAUUUACAGUGCAGGCUUUUUCCAUAUAAAGUUCAGAUUUAGUUCAUUUACACUGAAGUACAUUUUCAAGUACAGGAAAAAAUCUUUAAAGUGCACAUGUAGUCAUUUAUCAGUGUACAUUUUGUUCAUAGUACAGGUUUAGUCCAUUUAUAAUGCAGAUGUAGUCCAUUUGCAGUCAAAGUUUAAAUUAGUUUACAAUGCGGAAUUAGUUAAUUUAUACUCUAAAUUUAGUCCAUAUAGACAGCAGAUUCCACUCAAGAAUUCAGCUAUCAGAUCAGUGAAGUUAAUCAACAACUUUUAAUAUAUGAAGCAAAUGUCUAAACCAGAUUGUAUUGAGAUGAAGGAUGUUUCACAUGCUGAAUAAACUUAAUACAUUUUUUUGUA